CUCCAUCGCUCCUCCAUCUCUGCUCGGUGGCCCGUCGCUGACUUCCUUUCAAAACAGUCGUGGCGAUGACCCACAAUCCAGCCGGAAGGUCGUGGGCGGAUCUUUGUCCCCCCCCCUUUUCUCUGCUUUUGUUUGGAGUCUAAAUCACAGUCAACUUUCAUUUUCUCCUUUCAUGGAUUACGCCUUAAUGUUCAGAUUUGCGUGCAAUUUAUCUGCAAUGGAUCCGGCACAAGUGGAAUAUGACGGACUGGACGAAUGUAUCCCGCGGAAAAUGCUGGACAUGACGAGUGGAUACACAAAAUGUAAAAGAAUACAGCUCUCGCUCCAGGCUGCUGCCUCCUCCUGAUCCGACACCAACAAAUGAGGUUAGCUGAGGUCGUCGCCAUGGUGACCUUCUCUGAGACGACACAGGUCUCCCCCAUGGAGCUGCGGGAGCCGCCCUGCGUGGCCGCGAGCCUGUCCCCCGGCCUGAGGCGGAAAAAGAGGCUCUGGCAGAACGCUGUAAAACACAUCAUGAUCCAGCAGGAGCUCAGUGCCCAGGUGGGUGUGGAGCCAGCGAGCAAAAUCUUCGUGACGGACACCUACAUGGAGGAGAUCAACAGGCAAAUCCGCAACAAGGCGUCCCGCGGGGUCACGAAGCGCCGCUCGUCUACGCUCAGAGUGCAGCCUCCCCAGUCCCGCUCCUCCACCAGCACCCAUCAGAGUGCCCGGGGUUCUUUGCACGAGUACGCCAGCGAUGCCGACUUCUUCGUGGACUGGGGCCACACUGUUCGUGGAGUGUACAUACCCAGCCUGAGGCACACCUUUAAGUCUCGUGAUUUGGAGAAACUCUACCAGCAACACUACUCAUGCCAAAGACGGAACUCUCUAGCCAUCAGUAAUAUAAUCGAUACCUUGGCCAAGUUGCACAUAUUGGUCCUGUACCUUGCAAUGGUGCCCGAGGCGGUCACAGACACUGUGCGAGGCUGCCUGACGGGCCUUUUCAUGGUGCUAGCGGUGGCGCUGUGCAUCGUGGUGUUGACCUGGAAAGAUUCCAUGUCCCCGCGGCAGCUUCACUACGCUAGCCUUGCCUGCUGGUUGUCGCAGACCACGCAGGUACUGGGAGGACUGGCCUAUGGACUGGAGGAAGACCCGACAUGGUACGUGUUGUUUGCGUUGUUCGCCACAUACACGCUGCUGCCGCUGCCUCUGCUGUGGGCCAUGUGCGCCGGCACCACCACCUCGGUGCUGCACCUGCUGGUGGAGAUCCUGAGCUGCUACGAUGACGCCGUGCUUUUGAGAAAGGUGUUUGCCAAAGGCCUGCUGUACCUUGGAAUGAACACAGCCGGCUUGUUCAUCCACUACCUGACAGACCACGCCCAAAGACAAGUCUUCCUGGAGACGCGACGCUGCAUUGAGGGUCGCCUCAAACUCGAGCAGGAGAACCAGAGACAGGAGCGUCUGGUGCUGUCGAUCCUGCCUCGUUUUGUUGCCUUGGAGAUGAUUGGUGACAUGAUCUCUUUAGAAGAUGAACUUAACCCUCAAGAGUUGCACAAGAUCUACAUCCACCAGUACAAAGACGUCAGCAUUCUUUUUGCAGACAUCAAGGGCUUCACCUUGUUGUCCAUGAACCUGUCGGCCCAGGACCUGGUCCGAACCUUAAACGAGCUCUUUGGACGCUUUGACCGACUCGCAGAUGAGCACCACUGCCUGCGGAUAAAGAUACUGGGAGACUGUUACUACUGCGUGUCAGGGGUCCCUGAGCCACAGCGUGCCCACGCCCGCCAUUGUGUUGAGUUGGGCCUGGACAUGAUCAACACCAUUCAGUAUAUGCGGAAUCAGCUGAACUUUGACAUGGACAUGAGGAUUGGGAUCCACUCGGGCUCCGUCCUGUGUGGGGUGCUGGGCCUGCAGAAAUGGCAGUUUGACGUCUGGUCCUGGGACGUGAGCAUCGCCAACAUGCUGGAAGCCGGAGGCAUUCCAGGACGCAUCCACAUCUCGAGGGCCACCCUGGACUGUCUAGAAGGCACCUACGAGACCGAAGCGGGUCGCGGCCGUGACAGGAACGAGUUCCUGCUCAGACACAACAUUGACACCUUCCUCAUCGUCCCUCAGGAGGAAAAUAGAAAACGUUGUGGUGCCGAGCCCCCCAAAGUUCAGAAAACCAGUCAAAACUGGAACCCGAAGCUGCCUUUUGACAGAAACGCCAUUGACCUGAACAGUAUCCUGGCCUCCUUUACGGACGGCUCUCUGGCCAGCAUAUGGCAGUCCACCUCCAAGGAGAUCAACAAACGCAUAAAACACGCCAACGAGGUUCAAAGCAGCCAGAUUAUGCACCGGGAGCACAUCACCCCUCUGACCCUGGUGUUCAAAGACACGCACAUCGAGGACAAGUUCUCCCAGAUGAGGGAUGAAAUGUUCAACUCCAACCUGGUCUGCUCCUUCAUCAUGUUCCUCUUUCUCAUGGCUGCCCAGGCCCUAAUUCCUGCACCAAGGCUGUUCCCCGCUGUCGUCCAGUUUUCCAUCUUCCUGUUUGUCUACAUGCUGCUGCUGCUGUUGGCCCUGGCUGAAGAGUUCAUAUCCACACCUUCGUCCCUGCAGGAAGUGUGCUGCUGGAUCCACGAGAACAACAGCGCGCGCAGCCUCCUCACCCUCGCAGCCAUCGUCAUCAACUUUGGCCUGGUCUCUACGGACAUGGUGUGGUGCAUUCUUGCAGACACAGGGGGGGCCGACGCGACGGACAGAACCAACACAGCCCCGCUUCCACCCACCGCCUGCUCUUACCCGGAGGUCUUUAUAUUGAGUGGCGUAAUCGCCAUGGUGACUUGUGCCGUGUUCCUGCGUCUAAACUCUCUGCUGAAGCUGGCGGUGUUGCUGCUGGCGAUGGCCGUCUACUCCUACCUCAUCCACCUGGCCUUCCUCACGCUAACACGCCAUGAUACACUGCACAGAUCUCACUAUGUCAGGAUAAAAGGAAUCUCCAUCAUUCUCAUGGCCAUGUUUAUUGUUGCUGUCUUCUACAAUGGACGGCAGUGGGAGGCCACCGCCAGACUGGACUUCCUGUGGCGUCUACAGGCCCAACAGGAAGUGGAGGACAUGAAAGAACUGCGGGAGCACAACGAGUGUCUUUUACACAACAUCCUGCCGGUGCAUGUGGCGCAACAUUUUCUGGACCGGAGGAAGAAUGAUGAGGAGCUUUACUCACAGUCCUACAAUGAAGUCGGUGUCAUGUUUGCUUACGUCGCUGGAUUCAACGAGUACUUUGAGCAGAAAGAGAUCAAACACGAAGGAGUGGACUGCCUGCGACUUCUCAACGAGAUCAUCGCUGGCUUUGAUGAGUUGUUGGAGGAGUCGUUCUUCCACUAUGUGGAGAAGAUCAAGACCAUCGGGAGCUGCUACAUGGCAGCCUCGGGCUUAGCUCCCGACAGACAGGCCUCCACGGAUGAAUGGAACCACCUGAGUGAGCUGGUCAUGUUUGCUCUGGCAAUGCAGGAGACCCUGAGGGAGAUCAACAGGCUCUCGGACAAAAACUUUCAGCUGCGCGUUGGCAUCGCCCACGGGCCCGUGAUCGCCGGGGUGAUCGGCGCCACCAAGCCGCAGUACGACAUCUGGGGCUCCACGGUGAACCUGGCCAGCCGCAUGGACACCACGGGCGUGAGCGGACGCAUCCAGGUGCCCGAGGCCACGCGCCCCAUCCUGGCCCAAUUGGGAUUCGUCUUGGAGCUGCGCGGAGACAUCUUUGUCAAGGGGGUGAGCGAGUGUCAGGGGAAAGUCCGCACCUACUUCAUCAGCACCGUGCGCAGCAAGAGGGCGCGCGGCGGGGCGGCCGCCCACCUGGCGGUGCGGACGGGAGGACGCAUGUCCCUGGCGGAGGUGGUCUUCGGUCUGCUCCAGGCCCAGCACAAGGAGAAGAUGAGAGAGGCCAACGGAGCGUUCUGUCUGAGCCCGCGCAGACAUAAGCGCUGACGGGGGGGGGGGGGCGCCGUGUUGCAUUUUUUUUUCUUCCUGUGGCUGUUUUCCUGCUUUGCCUUGACUAAGUUAAACUAAGUUAAACUAAGUUAAACAAACCGAAGGAGAGGGCGUGGCCGAUGGUACCCAGAUCCUUCGUGAGCCUUCGUUCCUGUUUACUCGAUGACCUCUCAUCCCAAAA